GGAUACCGCACGAUCUCUGGGGAGUCGGCGAACCUCCUUGCCGGAUUACCGCCGUGGGAUCUGGAGGCGAAGGUGCUCGCGCGCGUGCACAGCAUGCGCGCGGAGGCACGUCGCCGGGGCGAAACUCCGCUGCCGCGCCAGAUAAGUGCGUGGCGGGAUGAGCUCCGGCGCGAUCUCAUGGCGGAAUGGCAGCAACGACUGUCGCAACCGAGGGCUGGGCUCGCUGCCAUCGCAGCGGUAAGUCCCCUCUUUGAGGAGUGGCUUGAGAGACGCUACGGCGUCCUCACCUACCGCCUGACGCAGGUCCUCACCGGACAUGGCAGUUUCGGGAGGUACCUGUGUCUGAUGGGGCGGGAGGAAACGCCCGGGUGUCAUCACUGCGAGGACCGCCCUGAGGACACGGUGGAACACACGGUGGGAGAAUGCCCUUCGUGGGCUGAGCACCGCCGUGUCCUCAGGGAAGUGAUCGGCGAUGGCGACCUCUCGCGUCCGGGCCUAGUGCAGGCCAUGAUGCGGAGCGAGGGGGAUUGGGAUGCCGUCUCCUCCUUUUGCGAAGCAGUCAUGCUAGCUAAGGAGGAGGCGGGACGCGUGAGGCAGCGAAGCGCUGCCUCCUCGCAA